GAACCCCACCACUACACACCAUGACUGACGCCGAAGACAAAGAGAAGGCCGAGAAGAUCGCCGCGGCCAAGAAACGCUACGAGCAAAUAAAGAAGCAGAAAGCCAAGAAGGGCGGCGCGAAGAAGAAGGACGACAAGCCUGAGACCGACGACACCGCUACCUCUGCUUCCACUGAGAAACCUGACGAUGCCGCCGACGGUGUUGAAGCCGCUGGGACCACGGAAGAUACCGAGGAUGGGGCAGAUACCACCAAGUCCGCCCACGCGUCGAAGCCCUCCAUUACCCUCGAGUCGCGACUCAGGUCUAAUUCCUUUCGCCGCAAUACCUUGACGUCGCCGAUACUACCACCGCUGAGUCCUGUGGAUGGAGCAGGCGCGGCGGGAGAUGUGUUUCGGAAGCAGGCCUUGCGAAUUGAGGAGCUGGAGAAGGAGAACAAGCGUUUGCAGUCUGAGGCUGGAGAUGCAGAGAGGCGUUGGAAGAAAACGGAAGAAGAACUGGAAGAGUUGCGGGAGGCGAGUGGGGAGGUUGCUGAGCUGAAGAAUAAGGCGGAUCGGGUAGGCGUGAUGGGUGACGAAAUGGAGAAGCUGAAAACCGAACUCGCAUCUCUCCAACGCCAAAACGCCCACCUCCAAACGCAAACCACCAAGCACGCCCGCCGCAUUUCAACGUCCUCCCCGUCAUACACCGACACAACCGACCUAGCAGCUCAACUCGCCUCCAAGGCCGCCACCAUCGAAUCCCUCGAGCUCGAAAUCUCAAACCUGCACGCGCAAGCCACCGCCGCACAAUCCACAACCUCGGCCCACCUAACCCAAAUCUCGGGCCUCUCCACCGCCCUCGCCAAAGCCGAAAGCGCCGCCGCGUCCUCCGCGCAAGAGCUCGCCGACCUGAAGCAGAACCUCGAGCGCGCCUCGGAGCGCGCCGUGGCUGAGGGCUCCUCGCGCAGCAGCGCCGAGACGCGCAUCGCGCAGCUCGACGCCUCGCUGGCGACGGCGACGCGCCACGCGGCCGCGGCCGCGGAGCGCGCCGAGCUGCUCGAGCGCAAAGUCGAAACGCUGACGACGCUGCACCGCGAGUCGGACGUGCGCUCGCAGGCCCGCACGCGCGAGCACCAGCGCGCCGAGCGCGAGCUGGCCGAGUGCCGCACGCGGCUUACGGGGCUGGGCAACGAGAACGCGCGGCUGCGCGAGGCGGCGCAGCGGCGGCGCAAGGCGGAGGUCAGCGGCGUGGACGACGACGACGGGGGCGUGCUGGAGCUCGUGGACGAGGAGCGCGAGCGCAUGGCGGCGAUGGUGCGGGAGCUGGAGGAGGAGGUGUUUGAGCUGAGGCGCGGCGUGUGGCGCGAGCGCAGGAGGGAGAUGCAGCCCGCGCUGGAUCCGGACGCGGCGGGGUUCCAGGACGUGGAUCUGUCGGGGGACCAGUCGCCGCAGCAGCAGCAGCAGCGGGCGAGGGGGAGGGGCGUCGGGAGUAGCUUCCAGGACGUGAUUAGUAGCGGGAUUAGUGCGUUUACGGGACAGGCUCCGAGGCGUGAGUCGUCGGCGGCUAAGGGCGUGCAGCCGCGGAAGCAGAGUCUGGGGUUGUUGAGUGAGGAUGAUGACAUGGAGUUUGAUGAGGAGGCGUUCCGGAAGGCGCAGGAGGAGGAGGGUAGGAGGAGGAUUGAGAGGGUUAGGGAGGUGAAGAGGGGGUUGAAGGCGUUUGAGGGGUGGAGAGUGGAUGUUGUGGAUGUGAGGGCGGGGGCUGGAGGGGUCUUUGAGGUGUAG